CAGACUGUGAGAUGUUAAUAGCCCAACCCCAGCUUAGUUUUCUUAUUUACUGUGGCAUUUUAUCGAGUGGGUUGUGUGUCUGAAACUCGCGAGAUUUAACUUUGUUUCUACUUCAAAAUCUCGACAUGACAUGGACAUAUUUAUUUGUCUGGUUUAAGAUUUCUCUGUGUGUUUUGUUUGGGCUUGGAGAGAGAAAGUUCACAGUAGAUCUGAAGAAAGGGAAAAGAUGAAAACAAAAACAAAAGGGUAACGGACAGAGCGAGAUUUUUGUUUUUUAGUUUUCGUAUUUAGUAUACGGGAAAGUAAUGGUAAGAGAAUCAAAGGGGUUUAAAAGUGUAUGAAAGCAGCUGAUUCAGUGGUACUGCUGUACCAAAUAAGCUGCUACCGUCUGAUUCUGAUCGCCGAUUAAUUUAAGUCUUUUGUCCGUGCAUGAGAAAGUUAAAGCAGAGCAACUCUGGUUCAAAGACUGCAAAUUUGGAAGAAUAAAAGGAUAUUUUUUUUCUCAUAUGAGUUGUUAUGUGUUUAGAGUAAAUGUGAAAAAAGGGUUCUCUUUUAAGUGAUAAAGUUGCUAACUUGAAAGAGAGAGGGAGAGUAAAGUGUUGAAUUUGAAGGGUUUUGUUUUCUGGUGAUUUCUGACAGAGGAUUGUAGAAACAAAAUAAAAUCUUCAAGCUUUAAGAGCUUUUGUUUCGGAACUCAAGAUACCAGAGAGGCCCCCCCAAAUGAAGGAGGUUGAGAAGAGCAUUGAUCCACAACUAUGGCACGCGUGUGCAGGAUCCAUGGUUCAAAUCCCUCCGUUGAACAGUACAGUGUUUUACUUUCCUCAAGGCCACGCUGAGCACUCCUUUGGGCCUGUGAAUUUCCCUUCCUCAAUUACACCAAUCCUACCUCUUAUUCUUUGCCGUGUUACUUCACUCAAGUUUCUUGCUGAUUCUGAAACUGAUGAAGUGUAUGCUAAGAUAAGACUGGUACCAUUACCAGGUAAUGAGCUUGAUUUUGAAGACAAUAGUUUAAGUCUGAAUUCUGUUGGGUCUGAUUCUGAGUCAGAAAAGCCAGCAUCAUUUGCUAAAACCUUGACACAAUCUGAUGCCAAUAAUGGGGGUGGAUUUUCUGUGCCAAGAUAUUGUGCUGAGACCAUAUUUCCAAGGUUGGAUUACAGUGCAGAUCCUCCAGUCCAGACUGUAGUAGCUAAAGAUGUCCAUGGAGAGACUUGGAAGUUUAGGCAUAUCUAUAGAGGGACGCCAAGAAGGCAUUUGUUGACUACUGGGUGGAGCACGUUUGUUAACCAGAAAAAACUUGUUGCUGGGGAUUCGAUUGUAUUCUUGAGAGCUCAAAAUGGUGAUCUCUGUGUAGGGAUAAGGAGAGCAAAGAAAGGGAUUGGGAGUGGAAAUGACUCUCCUUCCGUGUGGAAUUCAAAUCAUGGAAGUUGUGUCAGCGUUAAUCCUUAUGGAGGAUUUUCAAGCUUCUUGAGAGAGGAAGAAAACAAGAUGUUGAGAAACGGAAACAUGAGUUUGAAUUCUUCUGGGAGUGGAAAUCUGUGUGGCCAUGGUGGAAGAGUGAAACCUGAGACUGUUUCAGAGGCAGUGGCACUUGCUAUGAGUGGGAAGCCAUUUGAAGUUGUUUAUUACCCCCGUGGAAGCACGCCAGAGUUUUGUGUUAAGGCCUCUUCAGUAAGGGCAGCAAUGAGGGUUCAUUGGCACUGUGGAAUGAGGUUCAAGAUGGCUUUUGAAACAGAGGAUUCUUCUAGGAUAAGUUGGUUUAUGGGAACUAUAUCCUGUGUUCAGGUCUCCGAUCCCAUCCGUUGGCCUAACUCACCAUGGCGGCUCCUCCAGGUGACAUGGGAUGAGCCAGAUUUACUACAAAAUGUGAAACGCAUUAGCCCAUGGUUGGUUGAACUGGUUUCAAACAUGCCAGUCAUCCAUCUGUCACCCUUUUCACCUCCCAAAAAGAAGUUGCGGUUCCUGCAACACUUUGACUUUCCCCUGGAUGGCCAAUUUUCUGUGCCAUCAUUUACAGGCAACCCCCUUGGGCCCAGCAGCCCCUUGUGUUGUCUACCUGACAACACUCCUGCAGGCAUACAGGGAGCCAGGCAUGCUCAAUUUGGAAUAUCUUUAUCGGAUUUCCAUCUUAACAACAAACUGCAGUCAGGGCUGUUUUCAUCCAGCUUCCAGCGGUUUAAUCCACAUUCCAGAAGUUCUGAUGGCAUAGUGACAAACCACACGCACAAUAAUGAGAAUUUGUCUCGUUUGCUAACAAUGGGAAUUUCCAGUCAGAAUUUGGAGAAAUCUGAUAACACGAAGAAGCACCAGUUUUUACUCUUUGGUCAACCAAUACUCACAGAGCAGCAGAUCUCUCAUAGCUGUUCCACUGGUGUAGUUUCACAAGUUCUUGGCAAAAGUUCAUCAGAUGGCAGUUCAGACAAAGUGAAAACAUCAUCUGAUGUUUCAGGAUCCACACGUGAGCUGCAAAUUUCGCCAGAGAAGUCAUCAAGUUCUGAAAUAUUUUGGAGCCGGGGUUUUCGAGUGACUGAACCUGACCUUGAUACUGGUCACUGCAAGGUAUUCAUGGAGUCAGAGGAUGUGGGACGAACUCUUGAUCUCUCAGUUGUUGGAUCUUAUGAAGAGCUAUACAAGAGGCUAGCCAACAUGUUUGGGAUAGAAAGAUCAGAAAUUUUGGGCCAUGUUCUCUAUCAAGAUGCAACCGGAGCUGUUAAACAAACUGGAGAUGAACCAUUCAGUGAUUUUAUGAAAACAGCCAAAAGAUUAACAAUUCUGAUGGGGUCAGGCAGUGACAAUGUUGGAAGGACAUGGAUUAGUGGGAUGCGGAAUGCUGAGAAUGGGCUCAGCACUCCCAACAAGACAGGUCCCCUGAGCAUAUUCGCAUAGUUCCUGCAGAAUCUAUGCUACAUAUUUAAGAACAUAAUGAAUGUUCAGAAUUAUUACUAGUUUUUUAGCUUAAUUUGUUUAGGUGAGACAGGAUUUUAAUCUGCAACUGUUAUGAUGCCCACUGAAUACUUUUCAUUUCUUGCUGAAUGUGUUUAAAUGUUUGACUGGAUAUUGGUGAAUAAUGUUAUGCCAUUGUGUA